AUGACGCCUUACGCAGCGUCGCACUACGUAGCUCUUGAUCUCCGGAACCACCAACGAUGCUCCCUCUCCUCCGACGGCGCCCGAGCCCUGCUCGAAGAUUCAGACGUACCGGACUCGCUCACUCAACCCACUCUCCGUGUCGUGGACACUGCCACGGGAGUCCACAGACGACCACUGAAAACGUACCGUCGCGCCACUUGGGAGAUGCAUCCUUCGUGCGACACCGCGCUCUCCACCACCGCCACGUUCAUCCCUCUGCGUCCGCAACUCCGCGACCCGAGACACAUGCACUGGUGGUUACGGCCACCCCACGACCAGAAACCCACUGCACACUGGUGGUACUGGGGCACGCAAGACGACCGCAUGCGCCGCCUGGACACUCACAUGUCUCAUCUGGUCGCGUUCACCGACGACGGGUCGGUCGUAGGAAGCGCGGGUUGUUGCGGGGUGGUGUCCUUCCAUCGCACCGAGGACGUCCAGCUUGAAGACGAACUGGACUCAACAGCGGUCUCCGACUCCGACGCCCCGCGUCCACAUGAUGGUCCCGCUCGGCGCCAUUGA